AUGGGAAAGCCAUUAGUCAAGUCAGAGCCUAUUUCUCCAUGUAAACUAUACAAUGAUAAUGGUGUUCCCAUUUUUCAUCCAGAUUUAUUAAAUAAUAAAUUGCCUGUUUAUGCUGCUUUACAAUUACUUUCUGGGGCAGAUUUAAUUGAAGAAAAAAGUAUUAAAAAUUAUUUAAUUCCAAUUCAAUCAAAAUUUGUUACAAUUGGAAGUGGAUUAACAUUAAAAAAUAAUUGUAUUGAUAUGAGCCGUUUUUCUUCAUGUAGACAAGUACAAAGGCAACGUGUUUUAAUUUUCUUUGACAAGUGUAAAUUAGCGUUUGAAAUGGUGGCUUUAACUCCUUACAACGAACUGCUUAAAAAUUGUGAUAAAAAUAUUUGUUCAUGUUUAAACCAAAAAAUAAAAUUGGAAGAAGAUUUAAAUGAAUCUCAAUAUUUAAUUCCUUCAUAUAAAAAUUCUUCAACUUUGUGGAGUGGAGCAUUAAUAAGAAUUGGAUGUUUAAAAUUUAUUUUUGUUGGAUUGGGUGUUAAAAUGCCCAAUUUAAAUGGAAACCAAGAAAUAAUAAGAGGACCAAUUUCUGAAGCAGAAUUAAACGAAAAAGAAUUUGUUACACCUGAAGAUGUUUUACGAUUAAAUUGUGUUACUGAAGGGUUUCUAUGCCGCCCAGAAGACAAUAUUUAUGAUAUUGAAUUUGUACGCUUCAAAGUGCGCGAUAUUGAUUCUGAAACUGUUCUUUUUGAGAUAAACAAACCUGACGAAAACGAUUCGGCCACAGAAGACGAUACAAACUCACAAGAACAAGCAACAGAAAAUUCUAAUGGAGGGGAGGAAGAUGCGACAGACAACAAUGAUGAUGAAAAGACCUUUACUCCCCGUUUUAUUCGUUAUUAUUUUAAGCCGUCGUUUUUACGACUUCGUCAUAUUGGAGCAACUAUGGAAUUUGUAGUAGGCGAUAAACCUGUCAGCAAUUUUAGAAUGAUUGAACGCCACUAUUUUCGGGAUCGACUACUAAAAAGCUUUGAUUUCGAUUUUGGUUUUAUCAUUCCAAAUUCACGCAAUUCAUGUGAGCAUAUUUACCACAUGCCGAGAUUAAGCGAUUCUUUGAUCGAGGAAAUGCUUAAUAAUCCUUUUGAAACAAAAUCUGACAGGUUUAAUUUUGAUAAAUAA